AUGCCUGCACUCUUGGAAAAAAUCGCGACCCUCGAGCUUGAGAUCGCAAGGACCCAGAAAAACAAGGCAACAGCAAAGCACUUGGGAGAUCUCAAAGCCAAGUUGUGUGCCGCGAGAAGGGAGCUCAUCAGCCCAGAGAAAGCUGGAGGUGGCGGCAAAGCGAAAGGUUUCGAGGUGCAAAGAUUUGGGGAUUCGCGAUGUGCACUCAUCGGCUUCCCUUCGGUUGGCAAGUCGUCUCUCCUUACCGCGCUGACGGGUGUGCAGUCGGAGGCGGCGGCCUACGAGUUCACAACCUUGACUUGCAUUCCAGGAGUCAUCAACUACAACGAUUGCAAGAUUCAGCUUCUUGACCUUCCCGGAAUCAUCACGGGCGCAGCGCAGGGCAAAGGGCGUGGCCGUCAAGUGAUCGCGACUGCGAGAAGUGCGGACAUGAUUCUGAUGGUUCUCGAUGCCACAAAGGAUGAUGCACAGCGGCAGCUGCUCACCAAGGAGCUGAACGAUGUGGGCAUCCGCCUCAACAAGGCACGCCCCAAGAUCUCCGUCACCAAGACGAAGACCGGCGGCUUCAAGUUCAAUGCCACCUGCACGUUGACAGAGCUCAGUGCAGAAGUGUGUUACUCCAUCUUGCACCAAUACAAGAUGUUCAACGUGGACAUCAUUGUGCAUGAGGAUGCCACGAUUGAUGACUUCAUCGAUGUGCUUGAGGAGACUGGCACAGCUCCGCGCCAGUACUGCAAGUGCCUCUACGUCUACAACAAGAUCGACAUGCUGAACAUCAGUCAAGUCGAGGAGUUGGCAAGGCAGCCGUACUCGGUGGUCAUCUCCGUCAGCAAGGGGUUGGGUUUGGAUGGCCUGUUGGACAGAAUCUGGCAGGAACUGGACCUGCGUCGAGUCUACACCAAGAAGAAGGGCCUGUUCCCGGAUUUCACAGAGCCGAUAGUUCUGACUUGCCAGCGCGGCAACAAGACCAUGACGGUCGAGAACGCAGUUAGCUUGCUUCACAAGAGUUUGCUGGACGAGUUCAAGUCUGCGCUCGUGUGGGGCUCUAGCGUUCGCGCAUCCCCGCAGGUGUGUGGCCUCAAGCAUGAGCUCCACGACGAGGAUGUAAUGCAAAUCACAAAGCUCACGGCCGCUGAAAAGCAGAAGAAAAUGCACGGAAAGAAGACGGGGACAACCUUGGCAGGAGGGAACACGCAGGUGGACCCCACAGGGGCUUCAGCCGCGAUGCGGCUCUUUGUCCGCGGCAUAGCCGGCGAGACAUCGGCGCUAGAGGUUGCUGCAGAUGCCAGCAUUGCCGAUGUCCAGCUACAGAUCCAGGCAGCGCAGGGUGUGCCUUGCACCGAGCAGCGGCUGAUUUUCGGCGGAAAGUCCUUGCAGCCUCAAGAUGUUUUGGCUGCUUGCGGAGUGGAAGAGGAGUCCACCCUCUUCCUCAACCUCGAUCUCGAGGGCGGUGGCAAGAAGCGCAAGAAGAAGACUUACACCAAACCGAAGAAGAUCAAGCACAAGAGGAAGAAGGUCAAGCUCGCAGUGCUGAAGUUCUACAAAGUGGAUUCCAACGACAAGGUGACCCGCUUGCGCCGCGAGUGCCCCCACGAAACUUGCGGCCCAGGAGUUUUCAUGGCCAUGCAUUUCAACCGCUACUACUGCGGAAAGUGCCACCUGACUUACCUCAUCAAGAAGGAGGACAAGUGA